AAGUGCACCAUGUACAGUAUUACAGUAACUAUCGGCUCCCACCGAGUAACAGCUGUCUGCUCUGGGUCAUUCUAAUACCUCUGCUACAGUGAGGCUCUUGGUUCUGCACAGCUCUGCGCUUGGUACUGGGCUGGGAUGAUACCAGGAGGCAAAAGUAAGAGUUUCACAGAAGAUGCAGAAUGACAGCAUUCCAACAUGAGGCUAUGACAAGGAUAAUGAUGAUAUCCCCUUGAAGGCUAUUGAACUUAAAAUAAAGGAUUAAAUAUAUUUUUUUUUACGAUUUCCAAAAUGGCAUCCAGAGGGAUCUGUGACUUAUUGAUACUUCAUGGACCUGAUGCAAGCGAGUGGUGCCAAUAUCUUGUCAGCCUCUUUGGAACAAAUCAUCAUGUCCAACAUCUUGAUGUUGAAUCUUACGAACUCUGUGAGGAUAUCCCUAUACCAAAGAAAAGCAUGAAGACAUUUCGGACUUGUAGAUGUAUUCUCUUUCUUCUUUCUGGAGAUAUAGAGAAUACUUUUGACAAUUCAGAGGUUUUGGAAAGCCUAAGGAAAGUUUUAAGGCCACCAAAUAAAGUGAUUGUCUUAUUUUGCGGGGUAAUAGACAAAGACGAUUUUACAAAUCUUUUUCAAGACUCUUCAAAAUGGAAGACUAUGUCCUGUGAAGAUGACCCUGAAUUGUACAUUACCACUGUUAUGGACACCAUCUCAGAAGAAAUCGAGACUCAUCAGACCAGGCAACAUUUUUCCAGUCUUCAACAGUCCAAUUUUGAUUCUGGAUGUGGCUCUGUCAGUGAUACAGACCCUGAAAGUGGUAAAGAUCAGUCGGCUGUGCCUAUGACUACUGGAAACCUAUUGACUGUACAGCCAGAACGGAUACGCUGUGGGGUAAAUACACAAUUAUACCUAAUUUUUAAGUGCAAACUGGACUGUCGGAUUAAAAAUGAGGUUCUUUUUGCCCCUAAGAAUGGUUCAUCUGCACGAGUACCUGCAACUUUGCAAAAUGAAUACAUGUUAUCAGUGGAUGCUCCAGAUCUACCACCUGGAUUGGUAUUUUUGAAAGUUUUUUCUGGAGAUCUAUUACUAUGUGAAGCCAAAAUAUCGUACUUCACCGACAUGGAAGAAAUUUGUAAUUUACUGGACAGUGCAACUAAUCCCAUUGAAUUUAUGUGUCAGGCAUUUAAAAUUAUGCCAUAUGACAGAGAUGUUCUUGACAAAACAUUGACAGAAUCACUGAAGAACAACAUUCCUGCAAGUGGCCUUCACCUCUUUGGAAUUAACCAAAUAGAAGAAGAGAACAUUAGUGCAAACCAGCGAGAUGAAGAAUUGCCAACACUUCUGCACUUCUCUGCAAAAUAUGGGUUGAAAAAAUUGACAGCUCUCCUUCUCACUUGCCCCGGAGCUUUACAGGCAUACAGCGUGGCUAAUAAAGACGGCCACUUCCCGAACAACAUUGCAGAAAAAUAUGGCUACGUGGACCUGCGGCAAUUUAUAGAUGAAUAUGUGGAAACAGCUGACAUGCUGAGAAGCCAUAUCAAAGAGGAACUAAUGUGUGGGGAGGAAGAUGAAAGUAUAUAUGAGCCGAUGGCGAACCUGUCCACUGAUAUCCUAAUGAAAUACAUGCUGCAGCCUGAUAUGGAGCUAUAUCUACCUAUGAAAGGUGCAGAGAGUCCACAUGACACUGAAACUUAUACUGAAAUGCUACAAAUUAGUAAAGAUAAUAUGUCAACGGAAACCCAGUCUCCUCAAGAGACAGACUCAGCACUACGUAGAAUCCUAGAAGGAAGCAGCUUUACCAAUUAUGGUGAUGAAGAUGAUGAUCAUAGUGAAGGGAAAGGUUUAUAUGAUACAUGUCUGGGGGAAUCAGUUUACGACAUAGUUUGUGGAGGAACGCAACACUCAUCAGCAGCAAUAACUCGCCCUCCUGUACCUUUUCCAAGACCGGAGCAACUACCAGAUACAGAGCCGUACAUCGCACAGUUAGUUACAAAGUCAACAAGGAAAGAGAAUGUGUAUGUGGAAUCUUCCAUCCCUUCAAAAGGAGCAGGUGGCAGUCUGAGAAGAGACCGACAGCAGUCAAGUGUCUAUGACCCAUUUGUUGGCAUGAAAACCCCAGGCCAACGAGAACUAAUCACAUUACAAGAACGUGUAAAACUUGGAAUGAUCACCGUAGAUGAAGCUGUACUUGAGUUCAAAGAAUGGAAAUUGAAUCAAAAGAAAAGAUCAGAUUCAUUCAGAUACCAGCAGGAAAACUUAAAAAAAUUACGUGAUAGUAUUAACCGAAGACGUAAUGAAGAUAAAAAACUAAGAAAAUCUACAGACUUAGAGAUCACAAAACCCAUUCGACGUGGUCAGAAUUUAGAAAUGAAGCAUGACAUUGGAGUUUAUGAAUCAACUUUUUGCCUACUUCCUCCAAAAAAGGAAAUAAAACGAAGAAACUGGAAGACAGGAUAGCACCUCGAGCACAGCAAGUAGUGCAAGUAACCGAUCCAGUACCCGGAGUACACUGAGCAUGAGCAGUGGCAUGGAAGGAGAUAAUGAGGAUAAUGAGGUUUCAGAACAUCCUCCACCAUACAAACCUAGGCAUUCCCUGCCAGAAGAAACACCUCCACCAAGACCACCCAGGAUACAAACCAGAAGCACGAGAAGAUCUCAAAGAACCUCUGGCUACAGUAAUGCCCCACCAGUGCCACCUAGAGGCCGAAAUGAGAAGUAGCGAUGACAGAGAGAAGAAUAUAUAUUUUUCUAAUAACGAAUAGCCAAUGAACUACAGGAUUUUUUUUACAGUUUUGUCUGAAAGGGCAAAAUAUGUCAACUCGAUGACUGACCAAUAAAAUGGACUCCGUUGGAGCUUUAUGGCCAGCUCACUCCUUUAUUGCUUCCCUUCAAAUAUGGAUUAAAUCAACCAGCCAGAAGAGAGUGAAGGACCAGUAAUCUACUAUUCAGUAAUGGACAUCCGUACGAUAAAGACUUAAACCCCACGGGACAUUGUGAGGACAAGAUUCUACAAUUAAACCGAUGUUUCAAAGCAAAACUAACUUGACUUUUUGGGGUGAAUUCACACAGAUAAAACCUCUGGCUGCUUCAUCUAGAUAACAUUUCCAUCCUUUUGUUAAGGACACAUUGCUUCCAUGAUUUUAUUCUGUUACAGAUAGUUUACAGAUCCAGCCAACAUGUUUCAUACAUCAGAUUGUCUUCAUCUAUGUGUAUAUGUAAACUAAUGUUAACUGAUGUUUUCAGAUAUCAGUAAGGAGUCAUGGGGGAGGAGCCGCUCUCCCAAGGAGUCAUAGUGGCCGAUCCCCAUCCCACAGGCCUCCUAAAGUGGCAUUUGGUGCAUAUGCAGUUGAAGGUGAGCCCGGUACACCUUUCUUUACUGUGCAUGUGCCUGCCACCAUAACAGAUAACAGGCUGGUGGAGGUUUUAGGGGUAACAGGUUCCCUUUAAGCUUUUUGGGCAGCCAGUAUAGUGAGUUUCUAAGUUGCUGCAGUUCCCUGUUAAUUGAGCAUCAUCUUGUUAAAAUAUAAAAAAAUCGGCUCAUCAGAAUAAAACCAUACUGCUAACAUGAA